AUGAAACCCACAUCCCUGCUCUCUCUCCUGGCGUGCAUCCACCUCUCAACAUCUCUAUCAAUACCCCACUCCUCUUCACUGGAAAAGAGACAAAACAACCCAACCUGCGCCCACAAAUCCCCAGCGCAACCCUUCCCCUGCUCCUGGAAAGCCACCCCAAAUGACCCCUGGACCUCAUACCACGACAGCGCAACAUUACUCGCCGCUCAAACAAGCUCCAUCGCAUCCCUCAACCCCCCUCACCGUUCACCAGCUCUAAGCACCACUGCCCCAGAAAACGAGCAGAGGUCGCAAGCCGUACUAAGCAACAAAGAAGCGCAACUCUGGUGCGGCCUCCCAGGCCUCUGGACCUACCCCUGUCCCUGGACCGAGAACUUACCCCCUCGUCUCGUUACUCCCUAUGUAUUCUGCAAGUGGAUCGUCUCAACCCCAGGGGUCGUUAUCGGGGAACCUAUUGCAUGGCUAAAGAAACGAUUCUUAAGCCAAACCGAAGUUUCGAGAUCCAGGAAAAGGAAUGAUUGCGGUUGGAAAGGAAAGCCGAUGUGUCCUACUACUAAUGUCACAGCAGCUUCGGCCGGUGUGAGGUCUGUUUCGAUACCGCGGUUUUUUGGGUUGGGGAGCUUAGCUGUUCAUCUCCUCUUGGCAGGAAGAGGUCCUGGUGUUGCGGCGGUGGCUAUUCCAAGUGUCGAUAAAUACCGUCGAGGAGGCGGGGGAUUGGAGAUUGCUACACCGACUAAUAUUUCGUCUCCAUCAACGAUCGAUGAGAAAGCAGCCCUGCAGUCGUGUGAAUAUGACGGCUAUACCGGACAACAAUCCUGUCCCCUCAUCCCCACAUCCGCAGCAGGGCGUUCGCUGGAAGUCCCAAGAAUCUUUAGCUUCUCAGCUCUACUGAUUCAUGCUAUGGCUGGGACGAUCGUCUCUGCUAUUCCCAUAACGGGGCCGAUGGCGUUCACGGAGAGUUUGGCGGCGCCGAGUUUUGAGUUGGUGAGGGAGUCUGUUGGGUGGUUGGUGGGUUUGCUGCCGGGCUUUGGUUCUGAUUGUGGGGAGAAGGAGGUGGGUUUUGAAGUGGUGAAGCUGGCGGAGGAGAUAGGUGUUGAUUAUGAGGAGUAUCGGAGGGAGAGAGUUGAGGAGUAUGAGCUUCGCAAGCGGGAGGUGCGGGAAGUUAAGAUUAGGGAUGGGUGUGAGAACGAUGAAGCGGAUGAUGGGUAUUGCAUGCGGGCGGAGGCUGGACGGAGAGAGGUGCGGUGGGCGUUUAUGGGUGUUUUGGGUUUAGCAGGUGUCUUUGCUGUUCUUUUGUAA